UCAAAUAUUGCAACUGUAGGUGGUCUUGGCCUUGGCAGUUUUGAAGCAUGCCUUAUUACGGAAGAGUUAGCUUACGGGUGUACAGGAGUUCAAACUGCCAUUGAGGCAAACUCCCUAGGGCAAAUGCCAGUAAUCAUUGCAGGAAAUGAGCAGCAGCAGAAAAAAUACUUAGGAAGAAUGACGGAGGAACCAAUGAUGUGUGCUUACUGUGUAACAGAGCCUGGAGCAGGCUCUGAUGUGGCUGGUAUAAAAACUAAGGCUGAGAAGAAAGGAGAUGAAUAUGUUAUCAAUGGCCAGAAGAUGUGGAUCACAAAUGGUGGGAAAGCAAACUGGUAUUUUUUGCUAGCUCGUACCAAUCCAGAUCCAAAAGCUCCUGCAAGCAAAGCCUUUACUGGAUUCAUUGUGGAAGCAAAUAGCCCUGGAAUCCAAAUUGGAAGAAAGGAAAUAAACAUGGGUCAGCGCUGCUCUGAUACAAGAGGUAUUGUCUUUGAAGAUGUGAGAGUUCCAAAAGAAAAUGUAUUAAUAGCUGAGGGAGCUGGCUUUAAAAUUGCAAUGGGAGCUUUUGAUAAGACCAGACCACCCGUAGCAGCUGGUGCUGUCGGGUUAGCAAAAAGAGCACUCGAUGAAGCUACUAAAUAUGCUUUGGAGAGAAAAACCUUUGGGAAACCAAUUGUUGAACACCAAGCAGUGUCUUUCAUGCUUGCUGAAAUGGCAAUGAAAGUGGAACUGGCUAGGAUGGCUUACCAGAGAGCAGCGUGGGAAGUUGAUGCUGGUCGCAGGAAUACCUACUAUGCUUCCAUUGCAAAGGCGUUCGCGGGUGAUGUUGCAAACCAAGUAGCUACAGAUGCAGUGCAGAUUUUUGGAGGAAAUGGAUUUAAUACUGAAUAUCCUGUAGAAAAACUAAUGAGAGAUGCUAAAAUCUACCAGAUUUAUGAGGGAACUGCUCAGGUUCAAAGGAUGAUCAUAGCUCGUGAACAUGUUGGCAAAUACAAGGCUUAA